CGGCUCGGGCUGCGACACCAUCGAUAUCGAGGCCUGCACGCGCGCCGGCGUGGCCGUGAUGAACCAGUCGGGCGGCAACGCGGAUUCGGUGGCUGAGAUGGCCAUCGGGCUGAUGCUGUCCGUGCUGCGCCGCAUCAACGAAUCCGACCGCCUGCUGCGCGCCCCUGCCCGGGGCUUCAGCCGCGAGGACGUGAUGGGCCACGAGCUGCGCGGCCGCACCCUGGGCCUGGUGGGCGUGGGCGAGGCCGGCAGCCGCGUCGCGGCCCUGGGCCGGGCCUUCGGCAUGCAGGUGAUCGGCUGCGACCCGGCCUACGACGCAGCCGGCCUGGCGGCGCGCGGGGCCGAGGCCGUCGGCUUCGACGAACUGCUGCAGCGCGCUGACAUCGUCUCCCUGCACUGCCCGCGCGAUGCCUCCACGCUGGGGCUCAUGAACGCCGCUGCCUUUGCGGCCAUGAAGCCGGGCGCCGUUUUCGUGAGCACGGCGCGCGGCGGUAUCCAUGACGAGGCCGCCCUGCACGCCGCCUGGCCAGCGGCCACCUGGCCGGCGCCGGGCUCGAUGUCUGGGACCAGGAGCCGCCGCCCGCCUCCCAUCCGCUGCUGGCCCUGCCCCAGGUGGUGGCCACCUUCCACACCGCCGGUGUCACGCACGAGGCCCGCGCAACAACGCCGAGCUGGCCGCCACCCAGAUCGUGCAGUUGCUGGCCGACGGCCAGCGGCCCGCGCGCCUGGUCAAUCCCGAGGUCUGGCCGCAUGCGCGCGAGCGCAUCGCCCGGGCUUGACCCGUCCCGUUCCCGUCCCGUUAGCCGCUUCCCUCACCAUGACUACAAAGCCUCUCAGACCACUGCAAGAGGCGACCCAGGAGACAAAGAUGACACAGCAAGCAAGGCGCGCAUUGUGCGCAGGCCUGGCCGCCGCCUGCAUGGCGCUGCGGCCCUGGCCCAGGCUCAGACCCAGACUCAGGGCGAGGCCCCUAUCCCUCGCGCAACAUCGAGAUGAUCGUGGCCUACGGGCCCGGCGGCGGCACCGACCUGGUGGCGCGGCUGCUGGCCCGCCAUCUGGAAAAGAAGCUGGGCGGCAGCGUGGUCGUGCUCAACCGCCCGGCGCGGGCGGCGGCAUCGGCUUUGGCGAACUGGCGCGGGCCAAGCCGGACGGCUACACCAUCGGCUUCAUCAACACGCCCAACGUGCUGACCAUCCCCAUCGAGCGCAAGAGCAGCUUCCACUGGAGCCAGUACGACCUGCUGGGCAACCUGGUGGACGACCCGGGCGGCUUUGCCAUCCACAACAGCAACGCAUCACCACGCUGGCCGGCCUGGCCGCCUACGCCCGGGCCAAACCCCGCGCCUGACCGUGGGCACCACGGGCACGGGCUCGGACGACCACCUGGCCAUGCUGCUGUUCGCCAAGGCCACCGGCACGCAGCUCACCCAUGUGCCCUACAAGGGCGCGGGCGAGGUGCGCGCCGCCGCCACGGGCCAGCAGAUCACCAUCGGCGCCAUCAACGUGGGCGAGGUGCUGGCCUACCAGAAGGGCGGAACUCCCAUCCGCCUGCUGGGCCAGAUGUGCCUACGUUCAAGGAGCAGGGCAUCGAUAUCGAGCUGGCCUCCCUGCGCGGCCUGCAGCGCCCAAGGGCUUCCCGAAGGCGUGCGCAAAAGCUGGUCGAUGCCGUGGCCGCCAUCGCGGCCGACCCGCAGUUCAGGCAGCAGGCCGAGGCAUGUACGCGCCGCUGCGCUACCUGGCACCGCCCGCCUACGCGGCCGAGCUGGAGCGCACCGAGGCCGGCUUUCGCAAGCUCUGGACCGAAAUGCCCUGGCAGGACGGCAAGCCUGAAGGCCCUGGCCAUGCAAACCUUUGAAUGGACAAGGACGACUGCUAUGACCCCUCUGUCGCGCCGCAGCCUGGCUGCGCUGGCCCUGUGCGCCCUGGCCCUGCCGGCCCUGGCGCAAGGCCCCAUCACCCUCAUCGUGGGCUGGCCUGCGGGCGGCCCCUCCGACAACGUGGCGCGGCUGGCGGGCCACGCGCAUGAGCGAGGCCCUGGGCCAGCCCAUCACCAUCGACAACCGGGCCGGUGCGGGCGGCAACCUGGGCAGCGACGCGGCGGCCCGCGCAAGGCCCGAUGGCAACACCAUCAUGCUGGCCACCGUGGCCUCGCACGGCCUGAACUCCGCGCUCUACGCCAAGCUCAACCACGACCCGCUCAAGGACUUCGCGCCCAUCGGCAUGAUCACCACCUCGCCCAGCGUGCUGCUGGUGCCCGUGGCCUCGCCGCUGCGCUCGGCCGGGCCAGCUCAACUACGGCUCGGGCGGCGUGGGCUCCAGCCAGAUCUGGCCGGCGCCAGCUUCAAGCAGCUCACGGGCGUGGAUGUCACCCACAUCCCCUACAAGGGCACGGCCCCGGCCAUGACCGACCUGAUGGCGGGCCGCGUGGCCUUCGUGCUCACCACGGGCGCCAUCCCCUUCAUCCGCUCGGGCAAGCUGCGCGCCCGGCCGUGGCCUCACGCCAGCGCCUGCCGGCCCUGCCCGAUGUGCCAACGUUCGAGGAAGCAGGCGUCAAGGGCUUCUACACCGACUCCUGGUACGGCCUGGUUGCCCCGGCCGGCACGCCGCGUGCGGCGCUGGAGCGCCUGAACGGCGCACUGGCUACGGCGCUGCGCAAUCCCGAGGUGCAAAAGCAGUUCAUCGACCAAGGCUCGCUGCCCGUCAAGCCCAUGGACGUGGACGCGUUCUGGCGCUUCGUGCGCGAGCAGAUGCCCGUGGCGGCCGAGCAG